GAAUGGGACGAGCCCCUCGUGCCCGACGAGCUCCCCCACGUCGCGGACGGCCGCGGAGCAGCUCUACUGUCGGAGGCCACCGGCAGCACGGGCUUGUCCGAUCAGGUGCUGCUGGCGCCCGCCCAGCAGCGGCAGCCUCAGAAGGUAGGCGCAGACGACGUCCUGUCGGACCUCUCCCCGCGCGACGCCUACCACAGUGCCGUGGCGCUGAUGUGGAAUUACCAGCUGGAGCAGGCCAUGCACGUCCUGGAGCGGUGGCGCCACGACAGCGCAUCGGGUGGCACGCGGCAGCGUUCGCCGAGUGCGCCACGCUGCGCGUGA